GGAAAACGAGUCAGGGGUCGGAAUAAAUUUUAGUAUAUUUUGUGGGCAAUUCCCAGAAAUUAAUGGCUAUGAGUUCUUUUUUGAUCAACUCAAACUAUGUCGACCCCAAGUUCCCUCCCUGCGAGGAAUAUUCACAGAGCGAUUACCUACCCAGCGACCAUUCGCCCGGGUACUACGCCGGCGGCCAGAGGCGAGAGAGCAGCUUCCAGCCGGAGGCGGGCUUCGGGCGGCGCGCGGCGUGCACCGUGCAACGCUACGCGGCCUGCCGGGACCCUGGGCCCCCGCCGCCUCCGCCACCACCCCCGCCGCCCCCGCCACCGCCUGGGCUGUCCCCUCGGGCUCCUGCGCCGCCACCCUCCGGGGCCCUCCUCCAGGAGCCCGGCCAGCGCUGUGAGGCGAUCAGCAGCAGCCCCCCGCCGCCUCCCUGCGCCCAGAACCCCUUGCACCCCAGCCCGUCCCACUCCGCGUGCAAAGAACCCGUCGUCUACCCCUGGAUGCGCAAAGUUCACGUGAGCACGGUAAAUCCCAAUUACGUCGGCGGGGAGCCCAAGCGCUCUCGGACCGCCUACACUCGCCAGCAGGUCUUGGAGCUGGAGAAGGAGUUUCACUACAACCGCUACCUGACUCGGCGCCGGAGGGUGGAGAUCGCCCACGCGCUCUGCCUCUCCGAGCGCCAGAUCAAGAUCUGGUUCCAGAACCGGCGCAUGAAGUGGAAAAAAGACCACAAGCUGCCCAACACCAAGAUCCGCUCGAGUGGCACAGCAGGCACAGCCGGAGGGCCCCCUGGCCGGCCCAACGGAGGCCCCCCCGCGCUCUAGUGCCCCCCACGCGGGAGCCUAGAACCGCGGGGCGGGGGUGGGCAGCGAGCGCGAGGGGGGCGGGAGGGGCCCCGGGGCUUGGGCCCGGAGAAACCUAUCUGCCCUCCCCCCACUUUAUCUAUAUACGAAUAAACGCAGAGAAGCAGGGGGAGGGGAAGCUUUAUUUAUAGAAAUGACAAUGGGGAGCCGGACGAGGCCCCCCCCCCAGCAAGGUUCAAGUCUCUUGCUUUCUUCCUUAAAAAAAAAAAAAAAGAAGAAGAAAGAAAGAAAAAGACAGAAAGAGAAAUAGGAGGAGGCUGCAUGCAGUUCCUCGUUUUCACCUUUGGCGAAGAUGGAUCCACGUUUCAUCUUUAAUCACGCCAGGCCCAGGCCCAUCUGUCUUGUUUACUCUGCCGAGGAGAGGACGGGCCUCGGUGGCGACCAUUACCUCGACACCCGGCUAACAAAUGAGGCCCGGCUCGGCGACCGCCGCUUCUGCUGCUGCCACUGCUGGAAGACGGCCUGGAUUCUCUUUCUUUGUCCCCCACUCCAGACACCCUACGAAAGCACCCUCUGACUCCAGAUAGCUCAGUGUUGUGGCCACGGUAACAAACACACACACAACUUCCUUCCCCCUCCGUGCCCUUCCACGGGGACACUGACUGCUUGCCCCCUUCCACCUUGGGGCUGGUGGGGGGCAGAAAGGGGACAAGUGAGGGAGGGGGCAGCCUUGGCAACGCAGGAGCCGGCAGAGAAAUCGAGGCUGAGCAAAAAGAGAGCCCCAGAGGCUGGCCGACGGCCUUGCUCUGGAAGGCAAAGCGGAGCCCGGCAGGAUGAGAGGCCGGUUGAGUUCUUGGAGCCCGGCACAACCCCCUCAGCAAUCCGGAGUGCUACAGCGAGGCCCGCUCUCCUAGACUGAAAAUGAAUGUGAAACUAGGAAACGAAAUGUUGUGCCCUUCCCAGUCUGGGGGGACAAUGUCGCAGCAGAGCCCUCUCCCAUAGUUCAUCCUUGUUGCGUCGUUUAUUAUUAUUACUAUUAUUUUAUGUCAUGUGCGUCCUCUCCUGUACUCUUUCUGACAUUCCAAACCAGGCCCCUUCCUAUCUCUGGGGCCUACUGAGUCUAGAAUUUUUCGCAGGCGUGAAAAUGUGUUUCCUGUACGGAGUGACAAUAGAAAUAAAUGUUUGGUUUCUUGUGACCA